GUUAGGUGUCCAAUUUGACAUUUAUCUCGGCUGCUGUCAAACGAUUUGCUAGUAAACGACGCCGGCAAACGUUUCUGUAUUAAAAAAUAAAUAGUAUUUAAUUAAAAGUUAAAAGUGCGCAAAAAAUCGUCUUCAAAAUGUCCUUUAAAGGCAAUACUAAAGUCCAAAAGGUGAUGGUUCAACCCAUCAAUCUGAUUUUCCGUUACCUGCAGAAUCGUUCACGCGUACAAGUUUGGUUGUACGAGAAUGUCUCACUCCGCAUCGAGGGACACAUUGUUGGCUUUGAUGAAUACAUGAAUCUGGUGCUGGAUGAUGCUGAGGAAGUGUGGGUAAAGACGCGUACACGCAAAAAUCUUGGACGCAUUAUGCUGAAGGGUGAUAAUAUUACAUUGAUUCAAAAUGUGAGCCCAUCAAAAGACUAAGCGCAGUGUAAAAAAGUGAGGUUAUGUGCUACAUUUACCAUGGAAAGGGCGCCGAUUUCUUUCGAUGUAGCAUUUUCCUUAUUUCGGCGACUGACGGCAUGACUAGGUUUAAAUAUUAUGCAUAAAAUUAAACAAAUAAUAGAAAUUCAUUACUCCAAUUACUUUAACUGUAUGCAAAGUGUAUAUUUUUUGGUAUUAAUGCACCAACAACAGCAACAACUCAGGUUGCAUUUAGUGUACGAAACAAUAUGAGCUCUUUCCAAUUAAAGUAAAAAAGAAAAUAACUUAGUAUAUAAACGAAUUGUAAUUGAAUUUAAGGUUUUGCUCUAAUUCUGAUAAAUAUGUGAAAAAUAAAUGUGAAUUAUGCGAAAAAUUAAA